GCUCCGCCCUCCGUCGCCCUUGCACGCGAACGCUUCUAGCUUAGUCUAGGGUUGCCGCCCCCGGUUUUCCCCCCACCCCGUCCACCCCUUCACCGCCAUGUCUGACCCCCAGGUCGAGAAGGAGGCCGGCCCCAACCCGCCGGCCGCGGAGACUCCCUCUCAAGAGCCAGAAAAGAAGAAGAGAGAGUACAAGGAUUUCGGCCACGAUGAGGAUGACAAGCCGACUCACGCCAAGGUCGACAUGUCUCAGAUUCAGCUUAAGGCUGAGGACCUUUACGAUAAGGAGAAGGUCGACCUCGAGACGAUUGUUGUCGAUGACGUCUUCAAGCUGCUUCAGUGCGACGAGAACGGUCUCACUGAUGAGGAGGCUACCCGUCGUUUGGAACUCUUUGGUCCCAACAAGCUCGAGAGCGAGGAGCAGAACGCCUUCCUGCAGUUCCUGAGCUUCAUGUGGAACCCGCUUUCUUGGGUCAUGGAAGCCGCCGCCCUCGUCGCUAUCGCCUUGUCCAACGGCGAGUCGCGUCCCCCGGAUUGGCAGGAUUUCGUUGGUAUCGUCACUCUCCUGCUCAUCAACUCGGCCAUCGGUUUCUACGAGGAGCGUAACGCCGGUAAUGCGGUCAAGGCGCUCAUGGAUUCCCUCGCCCCUAAGGCGAAGGUCAAGCGCGCUGGCCAGUGGCGUGAGAUCGAGUCCGCCAACCUUGUCCCCGGUGAUAUGAUCUCGUUCAAGAUUGGUGACAUCGUGCCCGCCGACUGCCGUCUCACCGAGGCCAUCAACGUCUCGAUCGACCAAGCUGCUCUUACCGGCGAGUCUCUGCCCCAGAGCAAGAAGACUGGCGACCAGUGUUUCUCCGGCUCUACCUGUAAGCAGGGUGAGGCUGAGGGUGUCGUCAUCUCCACCGGUCCCAACACUUUCUUCGGUCGUGCCGCCAACCUCGUCGGCCAGGACGAUGACACCACCGGUCACUUGCAGAAGAUCUUGGCUCAGAUCGGUUCCUUCUGCUUGGUCGUCAUCGGUAUUUUCGUCCUCGCAGAGAUCUUCUGCUUGUACGCUGGCUUCCGCUACAACUACCGUCGCGGUCUCGACAACAUCCUCGUGCUCUUGAUCGGUGGUAUUCCUAUCGCUAUGCCUACGGUUUUGUCGGUCACGCUCGCCGUCGGUGCCCAGCAGCUUGCGAAGUACAAGGCCAUUGUCACCCGUAUCACGGCCAUUGAGGAGCUUGCCGCCGUCACCAUCCUCUGCUCUGACAAGACUGGUACGCUCACCACCAACAAGCUCACCAUUGACCGCGACACCAUCCGCACCUACGGUCCCUUCUCCGCUGAGGAUGUCGUUCUUCUCGCCGCUUACGCUUCCCGUACCGAGAACCAAGAUGCCAUCGACACUUGCGUCGUUGGCGCUAUCGGUGACCCGGCCCGCGCUCGUGCUGGCAUCAAGCUUCUCGAUUUCAAGCCGUUCAACCCCGUCGACAAGCGUACUGAGAUCACCUACCGCGAGGAGUCUUCGGGUAAACUGAAGCGCGUCACCAAGGGUAUGACUGGUAUUAUCAUCGAGCUCUGCACACGCAACAAGACUGAGGAGCUUGAGAACCGUCUCGAGGCCGAUGUCGAGGAGUUCGCCACGCGUGGUCUUCGUGCGCUCGCGGUUGCCUACGAGGAAGUCGACGGCGAGGACCCCGAGGGUGAGGGCAACGGUUUCGAGCUCAUCGGUCUGCUCGCUAUCUUCGACCCCCCUCGUGAUGACACCAAGCAGACCAUCGAUGAUGCCCUCGCGCUCGGUGUCAAGGUCAAGAUGGUUACCGGUGACCAGCUCGCUAUCGCGAAGGAGACCGGUCGUCGUCUCGGUCUUGGCGACCACAUGUACCCCGCCAAGGUUCUCAAGGAUGGACCUGAGCCCGGCUCUCGCUUCCGCUCUCUCGACGAGAUGAUCCUUGACGCUGACGGUUUCGCGGGUGUGUUCCCCGAACACAAGUACGAGAUCGUCAAGCGUCUCCAGGCUCUCGGCCACCUUUGCGCCAUGACUGGUGAUGGUGCCAACGAUGCUCCUGCUCUUUCCCGCGCCAACGUCGGUAUUGCCGUCGAGGGUGCUACCGAUGCUGCUCGUUCGGCUGCCGAUAUCGUCCUGACGGAGCCGGGUCUGUCGACCAUCGUACACGCCAUCCGUGGUUCGCGUAUCAUCUUCCAGCGUAUGAGGAAUUACGCCAUCUACGCGUGCGCCGUCACGAUUCGUAUCGUCGUCUGCUUCGCCAUCCUCGCCUUCGCGUUCAAGUUCGACUUCCCGCCCUUCAUGGUUCUGAUCAUCGCUCUCUUGAACGAUGGUACCAUCAUGACGCUGUCUGUCGACCGUGUGUUGCCCUCGAACUCGCCCGACUCUUGGGAUCUUGCCGAGAUCUUCGCCUACGCUGUCGCCUAUGGUCUCUACCUCACAUUGUCGACUAUCGCCCUCGUCGCGAUUGCCAUCCGCACGACUUGGUUUGCCGACACGUUCGGCGCGACCCUCUCCGGUGGCGCACGCCAGGCGACCAACCACAACGACCCUCAGCUCCACACUAUUGUGUACCUCCAGGUCGCUAUCAUCUCGCAGGCCCUCAUCUUCAUCACUCGGUCGCACGGCUUCUUCUUCAUGGAGCGUCCGUCGUUCGCUCUCAUGGGUGCGUUCUGCAUUGCUCAGCUCGUCUCGUCAAUCAUCGCGGCGUACGGCAACUGGGGCUUCACCAAGAUUGAGGCCAUCUCUGGUGCUUGGAUUGGUAUCGUCUGGGUUUGGGAUAUCGUCUGGUUCUUCCCUCUCGACCUUAUUAAGUUUGCGAUGAAGGCGACGAUCAUCAAGUCCCUCCGUGCGCGUCACAGCGCUGCGGUCGCCGCGCAGGCUAAGGAGACCGGUGUUCCCAUCACUCGCACGACUUCGCGUGCGGCCUCCAUUCACGAGUCGCUCUACUCCAACCGUGUGUCGUUCAUCCGUCGUGCCGCCCGCAAGGUCGGUUUCGGCCAAAAGAUCACGAUGAAGCCCGAGGAACUUCAGCGCUUCAGCUCCAUUCAGGCAGCCCGUACUGGCAAUGUCCUUGCCCGCCAUCCCUCUAGACCCUCAUAAAUGGACGCGUGAGCGGCACGGUCCGGCGUUCAGCGUGUAUCAGACGAAGGCAGCAGCAACUUGUGGUGUCAUUUCCUUCCCUCGCGUGACACCCCCGCGCACAUACCCGUCUUGACCCACAUCCGCAUUUUAUCCUCUAGAGCGUACUCACUAGUGUGCUAUCCUGCCCUCGUUUGUUGGCCGCGAGCCCCCGGAGAUCCUUUCGUGCACGUUCGUUUCCCUGUCCUCGUCGCUCUGUUUCACGUACUGGUCCCUUCAUGAUGACAACAUGUGCCCCCCUGCAUCAUUCCCCACCUGCGCCGCGUUACGUUCGUCUAGCCCAUUCAUGACGUCUGCGGUACACUUCAUAAUUAAUUUCAUACACCUGUUUGGCGUAGGGAUGCAGAUGAUAUAUAGUUACACAGUAUCUAGUAUAACGAGAGAGACGUAAUAAAGCAAACAUAGAGCAAC